GCAACACAGAUAUAUUCGGUGUUCCGGAAAAACGAUGCGUUUUAACGACGCUUUCUUGAUAAUUAUUCGUUUUGUUUGAUCACUGCACGCCGAAUUCGGUGAUAUUUACGUUAUUCAGUGUUAUUUUCUGUGAGUGUGGAUUAUUCCUAAUAAACGUAGACCAUGAGUCAGAAAGUGUCCCGCAAAACGGCGGUCAGUGAAGAAGUAGAAAAGAGAAACAGUCCGGUAAAAGAGAUGAAAAAGAAAAUGGCGGCGAACGCAGAAAAAGAGAAGCAAGCUGCAGAGAAGGCAACAGAAAAACAAACAGAGAAACCGGUAGAAAAGCAAGCAGAGAAGGAGAAGCCUGCUGAAAGUAAAGACAAACAUGAGAAGAAUGAGAAGCCAGAGAAGAGUGCUGAGAAACAAACUAAAGAAGAACAGAAAAAACCCGAACCUCAGCCAGAAAAGACCAAGGAAGCUAGCAAAGAUGAUAAGGAUAAGAAUGGAAAGCCAGAGAAAUCGGAAGCGAAAAAGUCAGAGACGUCAAAACAGAACGGAAAACAGAAUGGGCGCGAUCGCGUGCACAACGGAGUGUCUGACGUCACGCUCGGUACCAACGGCACUGAUGACGUAUUAAACGGAACGGUGAGUGCGGACUCUGAAGACGAUGACGUCAUGCUCGUCAUCGAUGACAACGACCAGGACGACUUGUUCCCGGAGCUGACGUAUGAAGAGACGUCUGACGGAGACUGUUUCGAACUGCCCACACCUGAGAGUGGGCCCAGCAGAAGCCUCACGCGCCGAUCACAGGUGAAAUCGACGCGGACGCCCGAGACGCCGCGCCCAGCGUCAGACAAACAAACAGACAAGGAUGCCGACGAUCCAAAAGAUAAAGUGUUGAAGCUCAAAGAAGAUGCGACAGUGCUUACAGACAGGAAGCUGCGGUCCUCAAACUCUCCAAAGCCACAAGAAGGAAAGAAAGACUCAAAGAAGGAUAAACUUGAGUCUCCCACUAAGGGGGAAGGGUUACCGAAGGUAGAUGAGAAAGAAGAAGAUGCAGCGAAAGUGGAGAAAGGGAAAGAAGGUGAAGUUGACGUUGAAGUUACGCUCGAAGUGCCUGGGAAUGAGGAGGAGGAGCCUCGCAAGACGGACACCAACUUCUCCAAGUCGCGCGUCAAGGUAUCUCCAUACAGACGCAGCAUGCGCAUCGCAGACCAGACCAAUACUUCGCUGCAGGCCAAUUAUACAGGCAACAACACAACAAUGGAGAUGGACAUAUCAGAGUCCUCAGUCCUAGAAGAAGCUCCGCUCGACGACAGUUCAUACCUCCGUGGACUGCGCAGUAUCCGCGGUCGGUCCUCGUACAAGCCGCUCAAGGAGAUCACGCUCAGACAUCUCACUAGCAAGCGGACUACCACUACUACUACAUCUGUGACAUCCCCAGCCCCGUCCACGGAGUCCCACAGUCGUCCAACGGGUACAGUCGUGGGCCGCAAGCGUAAGCCCGACACGAACGAGCCCGAGCUGGCCGUGGAGGCGACGGAGAGCGCGCCCAGCAAGCGCAUGCGCGUACUGGAGCGACUCGCCGAGCCAUUCCGCCGGGUCGCCGCCGCCGCCGCGCUGCCUACUGUCGCCAGGAGAAACGCCGAGAUCGUGGGCAUCAACACAGACUUACCGCUGACGGCCCCCGUGGCGUCGACGGAGACGUUUGACCCGGAGUCACUGAAGCCGGCACCGACCGGUCCGCCGCCACUCGUGCCAUCCUCCGAACCAGUCGCCGUCCCACUCGUACACGACGAGAAAGAUAACAAGAGGUGUGUCAUCAUGUAAACUACAAAUAUUGGGAAGUAUCACGCAAAUGUCUCCGUCAACAAACGAGCUAAAAAGAGCUCUACCCCGCUAAAUAAACGUCAAAACCCAAUGACGUUGACAUGUGUCAAAUUUGACGUCUGUCAAACAUUGAUAAGAUCAAUUCUGCCGUUCAUUGUAAACUCGGUUGCCAUCAAGGAAAAAUGAAAUACAUUGACGUUUGUGUCAUUUGUCUAGCGAGACUGAAGAUAUUUGCACCUGUUCCGCAGUUAGCGUUGUAAAGUACUGUAGUUACUGGAAGAACUAGCUCGGUCUAGACGGUCUGGUUAUCAGAUAUUAGGUAAAAGAUAUUUUCGUGGCGGACGCAAUUUUUAGAUACGUUUUUGAUGUAAGAGUUGAAGGCAGAACGGUGUGUGAGGUUAUGAAGUGACGGCGACCAUUAAUGUAAAAUUAUCAUCAAAAAAAAUGUGAGAUCACUCCUUAAAUUCGCUAAAAGGAUAGGUAAAAAGGUACACAUCUUAAAAGUAAAUCAUUACCACUUAAGCAACUCUAGUUUUGCAGGCGUCUAGACAUCACGGUUAGUGCUUUCUAUCAGACUGUAGGCUUGCUUGCUAUUUCAGUGGUAUAAAAUAUACUAUUGCUUUUGUCAUGACUAGAACGAACUUGGGUAACGACGUUUGUUAGUCUUUAUCAUCACUGUAACUAUGCGUUUGAGGCCCAAGUCACUUAUUACAUCUCUUAAACCACUGAACCUAUUUGAUUGAAAUUCGGUACAAUGAUAGUUUGAGACUCAGGAAAGGACAUAGGUAGCAAAACCUCUCGGGAACGGGCACUAUGCGCGUAAAACGCCUGUGAGAUUGUUCUUUUUUUAAACAAUAACUUAAAUACACAAUAAAUAUAACUUAGGUAGGCACUGAAUCGAUUCUGAUGACGUUUGCAUCAGCCAUAGAACAAUAUACCUUGGAAAAGACGAAUUCAAAAACCCAAAUUUUGCCAAAAGUCAUUAUUCCACGCGCACGAAGUGUAUUCCAUUAAUGAAUUAUUUUAAAAAAAGAUCUCGAUUACCUGUCACUUCAUAAUCUCACACAAAUAGUGUCGUCUCGAAAUAUCCGACGUUUGAUAAAUAUCCGACGUCGUCGUCCGAAUGUAAGUAUUGUAUGUGAAGUGUGUUUUGAACUUAAUAUCAUUUCUUAAAUUUAACAAUAUACCGCCGUACUUGAGUCUACAAUGGUUACGUAACUCAGUCCUUAUCUGUUGUUGUAAAGGAAUAGUUUAAGUUACCAUUAAACUACUCUGAGUAUGACGGUGUAUUGUCAGGAGGUGUAUUCACUAAUUAAUUUACCAUUUAAGAACUACAAUCGUCUGUGGAUGUUAAAAAUUAAAAUGUAUUGUCAUAUCAGAUGGACGUGAGGGCAAGGAAAACGUCGAGAGGAAACCUUGCCUUAUUCAUUAAAAAUUAUAAGUUUGAAAUCGCUAACCCGCCUUGAGUAAGCGCGGUGAUUAUUGCUCAUUCCUUCUCCGUGUGAGAAGAGGCCUUUGACAUUCGGCUGAUGAUAAUUACGUGUGACGUCUAUAGAAUUGUGGCGAUUGACAAAACAAUAAUAUUUGCAAGUUAAAAACACACUUCACAAUGAAAACAAAUUAGAAAUACAUAAAAUGUAAUAUACAUAGUAAAUAGAUAUAUUUGAUUAGUUGUAAAAGACAAG